UGGGGAUACUGUACUGUCAUUGGUGGCCUGAAAAACAAGCUAAACCAGGGCACACUAUACUCAAAUUUGUUGCUGCAGAAAGACACAAAAAUAACAUACAGAAUGUCUCUCAGGCCAAUUGGCUGGAUCUGUGGGGAGAUGGUCAGAAAAUUUGUUGGGCAAGCUGAGAUCAUACAGAGGGCCUUCCUGGAAAUUAUAGAUGAGAUUAGGGAUGAAUUUCCAAAUUUACUGAGACUGACAAAUUCAAACCAGCAAAGCAAUCGACCUGUGAAGGAAUCUGGAUCACUUAUGGCCAGGGUGUUCUCCUCAGCUCAUGGAGCAAUCAUUAUGAAUGGGCUAACUAAAAUAUCUCGUUCAUCAAAAUCUGUUGCUAAAUUACUGCAGCCACAGCUUGCUAAAAAGUUAGCAGAGUUAAAUAUGAUAUCACAUCGUCUUUUGAAUACACUAAGUACUCCAAAACAACCUCUGUAUAGAGUGAAGAACAGGACUGUGUUCUUUUAUGAUGCCAUUUCUUAUCCAGCAAGGACUGCUCUCACCAGUGUAAUGUGUGCUUCUUAUGCAGCACUCAUUUGUCUGGCAGUCUCCCUUAACAAAAUUCUGGGAAAGAUAAAAAGCAUCGUUCAUACAGAAGAUGCUUCGAGGGAAAGCAGCAGUGAUGAUGUGGAUGCAGAUGGAUUUUCCAGAGUAAAUGAAACAGCAAGUGACUUUGCAACUAACCCUGCCCAGCAAGGAUCUUCACAGAUUGCUCACAAGACAUCAAAAAGUUAUGGAAGCAUCCAUACACUACUUUUAGCAAUGGAUCAAGAAAAUGAGCAAUAAUGUUUCUUUACAGAGUACUGUAUUAAUAGCUGCUGUCUUUCUGUUUGCAUACUGACUGCUUGCACAAUUAUAUGGACAUAUUCUUCGUUUCUAGUAAGCAAAUGUCAACAUUACACAUACAGAGUCAGCCCGCAUGCUAAAAAGAAAAAGCAAAGAAAGAAGAGGUUCAGAAAUCAGUUUAAUA